AUGUUCAAGUUGCUGAGGCUCGCGGCCCCCCUUGCCCUCCUAUCUUCUGCUUGUGCAUCCAAGGUAGCUGGCGCGUGGUAUGCUGGCUGGCAUGCUACUAACGGAUACCCGGUGUCCAAUAUCAGCUGGGACAAGUACAACACGGUGUACUAUUCUUUUGCAACAACCACUCCAGAUGUGAAUACUAUAUCACUAGAAGGGUCGAAUGGCGCGUUGCUUCCUGUCUUUGUGUCAGAAGCACAUGCACACGGUGUUAAAGCCCAUAUUGCCAUUGGAGGUUGGGGUGGCAGCAUUUACUUUUCUUCUAACGUCGCAACAGCGGAAAAUCGCACUGCAUUCGUCGACACGGUGCUAGAUUUUCUCGAAAAAUACGAUCUAGAUGGUGUCAACUUCGACUGGGAGUAUCCAGAUAAGCAAGGCAUUGGCUGUAAUAUCGUCAAUUCUGAUGACAGCGCAAACUUUCUUUCCUUUCUCCAAGAACUUCGCGAAGAAAGCUGCUCGAAUCUCACCAUCUCGGCAGCAGUAUCUUUGACGCCAUUUCGUGAUUCCAGCGGCAAUCCGUCGACUGAUGUCUCUGCCUUUGCAGAGGUUCUUGACUACGUUGCUAUUAUGGACUAUGAUGUCUGGGGUUCGUGGUCCUCUGCUGUUGGCCCUAACGCCCCACUCGAAGAUUCCUGUGCGACCUCGUCUGAGCAACAAGGCUCAGCUGAUUCCGCAGUGAAGGCUUGGUCAAAUGCAGGCAUGCCCGUUGACAAGAUUGUCCUGGGUGUUGCAUCAUACGGACACUCUUAUAGCGUCAGCCCCUCUGAUGCAUUCGUGUCGGGCACGAAGACGCUAGCAGCUUACCCCGCUUUUAAUUCAGCUAAUCAGCCCGUAGGGGAUGCAUGGGAUAACACCGGGAGCGUGGAUUCCUGUGGCAAUUACGAAGGAUCCGGAGGUACCUUUGACUUCUGGGGACUGGUCGACGGUGGCUUCCUCAACUCGGAAGGUACGACUGCCCCUGGUAUCUACUCUCGGGUUGACUCGUGCAGCCAAACGCCCUACGUUUAUAAUGAAACGUCCGAGGUCAUGAUUUCCUAUGACAACGCGGAUUCAUUCACGGCCAAAGGCACGUUCAUCAAAAACACUGGGCUGCUCGGAUAUGCUAUGUGGCAGGCCGGUGGAGACUAUAACAAUAUCCUCGUCAAUGCUAUCAAUAGCGCUGUGUAG